UCGCGCUCGGCGAACGCCGACCACCCACGUGUGUAUAUGUGGCUCCCCGACUUCCUCCGCCCUCCUCCGCCUCCGCCUCCUCCUCCGCCGCCGCCGCCGCCGGCGUCGCUGCACGCGCUCCUCGGCGCUACGAGCGGCCAGUUCCUUGCCGCCGCCGCCGCAUGUCUCGUCCUUGCCCUUCUCUCCCUGCUCGUGACGUGGCUGCGGUGCCGCGCGGCGAGCGAGCGCAAGACGGCGCCGCUCGUGUCGGUCGAGCCGAGCGCUGAGCACGCCGGCCGCGUCGCCGUCCUCAGCUCCGCCAAGCCCGGAGCUGAGUCUGCGCUCGUCCGCCACGUCCGGCGGCUGCUCCUGCAGCGCGGCUUCGCGGAGGUGCGCUCGGCCUCCCCGGCGGACGAGCGCGCGCUGCACGGCGCGUGCCAGGGCGCGCAUCUCGUCGUCGACGUCGCCGUCGAGGCUUCCGACGGCUCAGCGUCUGCCGGCACCGCCUCACUGCUCGGCGCCUGCGCGCGUUGGAAGGUCCCUGCGGUGAUCCUGUGCAGCGAUGCGCUGGUGGGGUACGACGCGUCGGCGGACGUGUGCGACGGCGACGAGCUCUCCGACCCGGGCAUGUCCCUCAUCUCGCCCGAGCCUCGCCCCAAGCCCCCCGCCUCGCGCCGGCUUGCAGACCUGGCGGCGGCAGAAGACGCGCUGUCUUCGUACCGCGCCGCGGGCGCGCACGGGGCGAUGGUGCUCCGGCUCCACCGCCUCUACUCGCCCGACCUGCAGGGCAUGCCGCCGCUGCUGCCGCUGCUGCUCGCGGGCGGCGCAGGCAUCGGCGCGGGACACUUUCGCGCGCAGACCAACCUUCUCCAUGCUGAGGAUGCGGCUCUCGGCGUCACCCUUGCCGCCGACAAGCUCCUCGCACCAGGCGGCGCGGAAGGUGUCGACACAGUCGUGCUCACGGACCCGAAGCAGCAGCAGCAGCAGAAGCAGCAGCAGCAGCAGCAGCAGCAGAAGCAGCAGCAGCAGCAGCAGAAGCAGAAGCAGCAGCAGCAGCCGCAGCAGCCGCAGCAGCAGCCGCAGCAGCAGCCAGUCUGGUCAGCCGCGCACCUGCUUCGCUGCCUGACUUGCGUGCUGCGCCUCCCGCCGCCGCUGGCGCCGCUUCUGACGCCGGCCGGCCGCCUCGUCGCCUCCGUCUUCGUUGCGGUCGUCUCGCCGCCGCUCGGCCUGAUCGGGCGGUGCGUGCAGCGGGCGCGAGUGCCGGACGAGGCGUCGCUGACGUACGCCAACCUGCUCGAGAUGGACUGCAUGCGCCGCGCCAUCACCGAGACGCUGCGCCUCUACCCGCCACUCAUCCUGCUGAUGCGGCAGGUGAUGCCCGACGCCGGCCUGCAGGUGGGCGAGCACACCAUCCCGAAAGGGGACGUGGUCGGCCUCUGCGCGCCCGCCUCCAACCUCGACCCUCGCUACUGGCCCGACGCGACCGCCUUCCGGCCGUCGCGCUACCUGCCGGACGCCUCCAACGAGGCGAUGUUCGACUCGCGCUCGGUCGGCCACGGGAUGAUGCAGGGCUUCAUGCUCUCGUUUGGCGGCGGCGCGCACAUGUGCUCCGGCCGCCGCUUCGGCUACCUGCAGGUUCCGAGACACUUCCGAGACACUUCCGAGACACUUCGCACAUGUGCUCCGGGCGCCGCUUCGGCUACCUGCAGGUUCCGAGACACUUCCGAGACACUUCCGAGACACUUCGCACAUUGUACAUGUGCUCCGGGCGCCGCUUCGGCUACCUGCAGGUUCCGAGACACUUCCGAGACACUUCCGAGACACUUCCGAGACACUUCCGAGACACUUCGCACAUGUGCUCCGGCCGCCGCUUCGGCUACCUGCAGGUUCCGAGACACUUCCGAGACACUUCCGAGACACUUCGCACAUGUGCUCCGGCCGCCGCUUCGGCUACCUGCAGGUUCCGAGACACUUCCGAGACACUUCCGAGACACUUCCGAGACACUUCGCACAUGUGCUCCGGGCGCCGCUUCGGCUACCUGCAGGUUCCGAGACACUUCCGAGACACUUCCGAGACACUUCGCACAUGUGCUCCGGCCGCCGCUUCGGCUACCUGCAGGUUCCGAGACACUUCCGAGACACUUCCGAGACACUUCGCACAUGUGCUCCGGGCGCCGCUUCGGCUACCUGCAGGUGUCGACCAUCUGGUCGAUCCUGCUGCGCGACUUUGAGCUGCAGAUGACCACGCCGCUGCCCAAGCCGGCGUACAACGACAUGGUCGUCGGGCCGGACGCGCCCAUCAUGAUGCGGUACAAGCGCAAGGUCUUCCUCGCGCCCGAAGAGAUCGCGGCGAGGCAGGCCAGGUACGCUGCCGGCGCGGCGGCCGCAAAGGCGGAGAAGGAGGCGGCGGCGGCGCGGCUGCACGGCGGCGGGCGGGCGGCGGGCGGCGGGGGCGGCGUGCAGCUGACGCGCGCGGUGUCGGACUCGCACUACCCUCGCGGCCCGCUCCUCAUCCUCUGGGGCUCGCAGACCGGCACGGCCGCGUCGUUUGGCGGGCGGCCAAGCACGGCCGAGUCGUUUGGCAAGGUGCUGGCGGAGGAGGCGCGGCAGCGCGGCUUCGACGCCCGCUCGCUCGACCUCGAGGAGUACGCGCCCGAGAGGCUGGCGGAGGAGGACGAGGCGCCCGUCGUCUUUCUGAUGGCGACGCACGGCGAGGGCGAGCCGACGGACAACGCGGUCCCGUUUUACAGCUUCGUCGAGGCGGAGCGGAGGGGGACCAACGUCAAGUGGCUAGGACGUGUCCAGGACUCGCUCCGCUUCGCCGCGUUUGCGCUCGGCAACAAGCAGUACCAGCACUACUGCGCGAUGGGCAAGUGGGUCGAUGCCAAGGUGUCGGCCCUCGGCGCGGAGCGCAUCUGCCCGCUCGGGCUAGGAGACGACGACGACGACCUCGACGGCGAUUUUGAGCGGUGGCGGGAGACGCUGUGGGCGGCGUUGUGCCCGGGCGGCGGCGGCGGCGGCGGCGGCGGCGGCGGCGCGCCCUUCACACUCGCGGCUCCUGCGGCGCAGUUUGAGGCGGAGUGGCUGGGUGGCGACGCGGCCGUGCCGCCCCCCACCCUCUCCUUCCUCGCGCGCUGCCAGCCCAAGCACAGCCUCCACGAGCUGCGCGUCGCGACCAACCGCGAGCUCGCCUCCCUGCCGCAGCACGGCUCGGUGCGCCACCUCGAGCUCGACCUUGCCUGCAGCGGAGGCUCCAGCGGAGGGGCGCCGUGCGCCUACGCCACCGCCGACGACCUCGCCGUCUGCCCCGACAACGGCCCCGCCCUCGCCGCAAAGCUGGCCAGCCGGCUCGGCCUCGCGCCGGCCGCCACCUUCGCGCUGCGGCCGCGGCCGUCGGCGGCGGGCGGGGCCGCGCCGCCGCUCCCGACGCCGUGCUCGGCCCUCCGGUACCACGCGGACGUGCGCGCGCCCGCGCCGAAGGGGCUGCUGCUGAUGCUCGCCGACGCGUGCUCCGACGGGGCGUCGUCCGCCAGGCUGCGCCACCUCGCCUCGCCCGCCGGCAAGGAGGAGUACGCGGCGCACAUCUCGCGCGGCGGCCGCGGCGUCGCCGAGCUCCUCGACGAGUUCCCGUCCUGCUCGCCGCCCUGGUCGUCGCUGCUCGAGCUGUGCCCAAAGCUGACGCCGCGCUACUACACCAUCUCCUCCUCCCCGGCGUCCGACCCGCACCGCGCCCACCUCACCGUCAAGGUGCUGCGCGAGCCGCGCCGCGGCGCAGAGGCGCGCACCAAGGAGGGCGUCUGCUCGACCCAGCUCGAGGGGCUGCCCGCCGGCGCGCCCGCGUACGUCUUCGUCCGCCCCUCCUUCUUCACCCUGCCCGCCGACCCGGCCGCGCCCAUCGUCAUGGUCGGCCCCGGCACCGGCAUCGCGCCCUUCCGCGCCUUCCUGCGCGAGCUGAGCACGGCGGCGGUGCCGCGGCCCGGCCAUGUCCGGCUCUACUUUGGGUGCCGCCGGCCGGAGGAGGACUACCUGUACGAGGGCGAGCUGGCGGAGCACCUGCGGAGCGGCGCCCUCUCGAGCCUGCGCGUCGCCUUCUCUCGGUCGCAGGCCCAAAAGGUGUACGUGCAGCACCUCGUCGCCGCCGACGGCGCCGAGCUGUGGGGCAUGCUGCAGCGCGACGCGCAUUUCUACAUCUGCGGCGGUAUGCCGCCGUUGGGGCACCGCGAUGGGCCGCGACGUCGUCGGCGCGCUGCAGCGGGCGGUCGCGGCGCACGGCCAGAUGAGCGACGCGGCGGCCGAGGGCUACGUCAAGGAGCUGCAGGCCAAGGGGCGGCUGAUGCAGGAGCUCUGGUCCUGAGCGGGCGAGAGGGGCGGAGGAGGGGGAAGGGGGUGGCGCGGCGCGGCGGCGCGGUGACUGCCAGUGGAGGUGGGGAGUCGUGUGUUGUAGCUAACACGAGAGCCGGCGUCGUCGCCUGACGUUGGGGCGGGACAUCUUGCAAUGUGGCCGUAGAGUACGACCUUCGACAGUUCCGCUACGGUGUUAUUUCGAGCACUUCACAG